AUGUCUCCAAGAGACAAAUUUAUUAAUGAGCAAAAGAAAGCAGGACUCCCAACUAGUCCUGACUUAGUGUUUUUCAAGAAGAUCCAAGAGCACCCACCAAUGGACGGAAGAUCGCUGGCACGUGAGUUGCUGCGUGCACGAGUUAGCGAGCUCAUGGACAUGAAGAACAAGCUGGAGCAGAUUGGCACGAACCUAGAGAGUAUACUUAAACUGCAGAUGGAGCUACUGUCUCGGAUCGAAGAAGAAGAGGAGAGCAGUUACGCCUUGGCUUCUGACGUGGACAGCGCAAACAUGUUUCCAGACCUAUCUUUUGGAGUGUUGUUGGAGCUGGCAGUGCACAAACUGAAUGGGAAUACAUGUAUUUGA